CUGGCACUCGCCACAGCUGGCGCAUUUUGCGUCAGAAUUGUCCGAUGAAUCGCCUGGCUUGUUGUUCAUGGGCGCCGCCAUUUUGAAGUUUGGUCAUGUUCCCAGACUACUCAAUGACUGCAACGCUUGUAAUCCCCAGCAUUGUCAAGUUCAACUUAAAAGGUGAGGUUGACGCUGCAAAAAUGGCAGACAUAGUCAAUCAAACCCUUCAUGGAUUGGUAGAUUUGGUGGCCAGUCAGCACGCCAACAACAGAGCAGUUGUAUUUGAUGAUGGAGAGGAGGUUACCGUGGCAACAUACCAGCAGAUGCAGGAGGCAGCAGGAUGCAUGGCAAUGAUGCUGCGUAAUGUGGGAUGCGGGCUGGGUGAUGUGGUUGGCUUGUACUAUGAGAACUCUGUGAUGCUACCAUCUUGCAUUCUUGGCAUUCUUCAGGCCGGUGCUUCAUUUCUCCCGUUAGACCCCAGAGCACCUCAUGACAUGAAUGAAUAUUUGAUCACGUCGCAAAGCCUGCUGUGGAUUUUAGUCCCAAAGUCCCUAGAGAAGAACUUUAUGUUGAACUAUGGCCAGGCACACAACGCCCAGCCAACAGAUGACCUGUCACUUUCUCACGGCAUCAGCUUCCGAUUGGUCAAACUUUCAACCAAUCAGAAACCUCAUAAUACUUUCAGCCAAUCCCCUGUCUUCCAACUUGCCUAUGUCAUGCACACUUCCGGUACAACAGGCUGGCCAAAGAAUGUGCGUGUUCCCCAUCAGUGCAUCGUGCCAAAUAUUACCGAUUUAAGUGAUAUUUUUAGCAUCAACCCAGAUGAUGUCAUCUUUGUAGCUUCAACUUUGACCUUUGACCCCAGCAUUGUCGCCAUGUUUCUUGCUUUGUCCAAGGGAGCAAGUCUAGUCUUAGUUCCAGACUCAAUCAAAGCAAUGCCCAGAGCACUUCUGGAUAUACUAGUGAGGAAUCAAGUAUCCAUAUUGCAGGCUACACCAACCCUAAUCAGCCGAUUUGGGAAAGACCAGGUGCGUCAACAUCUCUUAACCUCAACUUCACUUGUCCGUGUCCUGGCUUUUGGUGGGGAAACCUGCCCCACAGUGGCUCAGAUCAACCAAAUGAGGGCAGCAGACAAUACCACAGAGUUCUACAACCUGUAUGGCAUAACGGAGGUGUCAAGUUGGGCAUCGUGCCAAAAGAUUGACACACAGUGUAAAAUGGAGGAAUGUCAUGAAAGCAUUCUCCUAGGUAAGCCACUUCUGGAAACCACACUGGAGGUAAGAAAUGAGAACGGUCAAACCAUCACAGAAGGAGAAGGACAAGUAUUCAUUGGAAGCAAGAGCAGGGUAUGUUUGCUGAAUGACGAGACUUGGCCGAUACCAUUAAGUGAGAGGGGGGUGAUGAGAUCCACAAAGGAUCGGGUGCGCAUCACUGAUCGAGGCUUGAUGUUUGUUGGUCGUGGUAAAGACCAAGUCAAGCGGAAUGGCAUACGAGUCAAUCUGAUACAGGUUAAACAGAGAAUUGAAGCCCUUCAAGUUGUAGAAUCCUGCAAAGUCCUCCAGACACACCAAGAGAAACUGCUCCUCUUUUGCAUUCCGUUUCAAGUCAAGCGAGAACCAAAUCAAUCUCUAUCCACUGGAAAUGAAGAGUCCUUCCGGAUUUUGCUGAAGGGCAUACUUCCAUCCCACUGUCUUCCAGAUAAAGUCUACUUCUUGGAGAAGUUUCCAGUGACGCUUCAUGGAAAGGUUGAUAAGAAGGCAUUGAUGAGGCACGCUGAAGAGAUGGAAGGGCUUAAGAGGGAGGUCUGGAAUCCGCCCACAAAAGGGGAAAUGCAGAAAGAGGAUCUGGCAAUUUUGUGGAAGGAAGCAGCCCCAUCAUCAACAGAACCACAAGACAAUCACUCAUUCAUCCUUCACAGCGGUGGAGACUCAUUUCAAGCCGUAAGACUUACAGAUGCUAUAGAAUCAUGGAACGGAAGACCCAUUCCAAAUCUUCUAGAUACCAUACUCCACCAGACCUUUAAAUCUGUUCUGAAAUGCAUCCGAAGCUGCCUAGAUACAGCAACAGAUGACCAACUUCGGAAAUCAAAGAGAAGAAAGAUUUCAGUUCCAAAUGACAUCGUUGAAACCACUGCAGUACAAGACAGUGAGAUGGAAACUUGUGCCAAGUUGCCGAAAUCUUUUUCUCAAAAUAAAUGUCACAGACCAGAAGAACUUGAUGAAAGUGACGUAUCUCUCCAAGGAGUGGCAACUCAAGCUUCUAAUGUGAACGACAGCCAUGACACAUCACAGACUAACUGUCAGCCUUUUGCCUCAGCCGUCGAUCCUCCGGUUGCUACCGACUGUGUUGUUGUGAGGAGAUGUUCUCAGCUAAUGGCAACCAAAGAAAGAACAGUAUCAUAUGACGCUUUCUUGUCAGAACUCAAUGAUAAAAGUGAUGGGGUUGUUGCUAGGGGCAACCAGGCAGAAGAUUCUUCUGUUGGUAGGAGCGUCAGUCUUCUUCAAAGGUGGCAGUACAACACUGGCAAGUGUGUUGAUGCAUCACCAUUGCUGGUCACACAUUCUCGGUCAGCACCCGUCAUCUACAUUGGUUCCCACUCUCACAAGUUUGCAGCAGUCUCCAUGGCAACUGGCAAUGCAUUGUGGGUAGCAGAGCUAGGCGACCGAGUGGAGUCCUCAGCGUGUCUUAGUGCUUGUGGAAAGAAAGUGAUUGUUGGUUGCUAUGAUAACCACCUUUACGUGUUGGAUGCUACACUUGGAACUGUCCAUUGGAAAUUCAAAACCAACGGACCAAUCAAAAGCUCUCCUGUAGUGGAUACGAGUUCAUCUCUUGUGUAUGUUGGAUCACAUGAUCAUCAACUCUAUGCCUUGGAUAUUGAGGAUCAGAGCUGCAGAUGGAGUUUACAUUGUGGAGGUGGUUCUGUGUUUUCCUCUCCUAUCAUACACUACCCUUCAUCUACAGUCUAUGUGGCAACACUUGCUGGAUUGCUGAUAGCUGUCAAUAAGGAAACUGGAGCCAAGAAGUGGAGUUUCAACUGUAGCAAGCCUGUCUUCUCAUCACCAAUGGCAUCAUUGGAUAGCGUUGUGUUUGGUUGUGUGGACGGCAACUUUUACUGCAUCAGUCACAGUGGACUACAGUUAUGGAGAUUCACAGCUGAUGCCCCCAUCUUCUCCUCACCAUGUCUUCCAACCGUCGCUCAGUCUCCAGGGACCCUCAACCCCACCAAACAUCCCUCCACAGUAGACUCCUGCGUGGUCUUUGGGUCACAUGAUCACCAUGUCUAUUGUCUGUCCCUCCAGACUGGACAACUAUGCUGGAAGCACAAAAUGCCUGCCGCUGUCUACACAUCACCGUUUAUUUUCCGAAGUGAUCGACUCUGCCAAAUCGCACCUCACGAUCAUUGCAUCAGCUGUGAUGCACUCCAGACGGAUGGCAAUCUUGCCAGUCCAAAAACUGAGAUAACUUUUGAAGUUAUUAUAAAGCCAUCCAGCAACUUACCAAAUCUACCUCACAAUUCAGGAAAGUUAAUUCCCAACUCACCAAAACUACCUCACAACUCACAAUACCAUUGUAUAUCAAAUCGAUGUAAUUCAAAGAUCCACCAUAGCUGCCGAGGUGAUGCAUUUGUGAUUGUUUGCUCCACUCAGGGGUCAGUGGUGAUCCUUGACCUUGGGUCAGGAGAGGUCGUGACUUCCUGUCAGUUACCCGGGGAGGUCUUUUCAUCACCUGUUGUGUUCAGGAACUGUGUAGUUAUAGGCUGUAGAGAUGAUUUUGUCUACUGCUUAGAAAUUGCGACCGAAUCUCAACAAACCAGGCCAAAAGAUUAAAACUAAAACACCACAUUUUAAGACAAAUUUGUGACUGAUUUGACUGUAAAAUAAAAACAAGUAUUCAGUGUCAUAGAAAUUUGAUUUUUUUGGUUGAGGGGAUUUUAUUGUACUAUCAUCUUUGGCCUUGUUUACUCAAAUUAUAUUCUUAAAUUAAUUUUACUUGUACAUGUAUGUCACCAAUUUCUUUGAAAACCCAUCAAUCUCUGAAUCUCUAGCAUAAAAGUAUCAUUUCAGAUACGUUAUAAACUGAAACAUAGAUGAAGACUGAGAUGUAGAAGAUGAUGAAAUGAACUAUAUUUUGUACUUAACAUUUCAUUUGUUUUAAGGUUAGAAUUAGGAAGUGGCAAUAAAAUCUAUUUUUUAAAAUCUUUUUUAAUUAAAAAAA